GUCCCGUCCCGGGAUCCACCGGAGCCGCCGCGCCCCUCCCCCGCAGAUCCGCGUUGGAGAGCAGAGGCUAAAGCGUCUCAGGACUUGGCACCACUGUCUAUGAAAUGUCUACAAACGGGGCCGAAGCCAUUGUAGACUCCCAGGUUACCAGGGAGCAACCUGUACAACAGCCCAGCGUGGUGGACCGUGUAGCCAGCAUGCCCCUCAUCAGCUCCACCUGUGACUUGGUGUCUGCAGCCUAUGCCUCCACCAAAGAGAGCCACCCCCACGUGAGGACACUCUGUGACGCAGCAGAAAAAGGUGUCAAGACCCUUACAGCAGCUGCGGUCAGUGGGGCACAGCCCAUCUUGUCCAAACUGGAACCCCAGAUUGCAUCAGCCAGUGGGUAUGCCCACCAAGGUCUGGACAAGCUGCAGGAGAAUUUGCCCAUCUUACAACAGCCCACGGAGAAGGUUCUUGCAGACACCAAGGAGCUCCUGUCAUCCAAGGUAUCCGGGGCCCGAGACAUGGUGUCCAACACGGUGUCCAGUGCCAAGGACACUGUGGCCACCCACAUGACAGGGGCCAUGGACAUGACCCGCGGGGCAGUGCAGAGCGGUGUGGACAUGACAAAAUCCGCGGUGACCAGUGGCGUCCAGUCGGUCAUGGGCUCCCGCGUAGGCCAGAUGGUGAUGAGUGGUGUGGAUACAGUGCUGGCCAAGUCUGAAGCGUGGGCUGACAACCAUCUGCCAAUGACUGAGGCUGAGCUUGCCCGCGUGGCCGAGGCCCCCGAGGACGACCCCGAGCGGGAACGGCCGCCGCGCGGCUACUUCGUGCGCCUGGGGUCGCUGUCCGAGCGCCUGCGGCCGCGCGCGCUGCAGCUCUCGCGGGAACGGGUGCGCGCCAUGCGGGAGCGCGCGCACCAGGCCCUGCAGCAGCUGGCGCAUGCGCUCAGCCUGAUGGAAACAGUGAAGCAGGGCGUGGACCAUAAGCUGGGCGAAGGCCAGGAGAAGCUGCACCAGAUGUGGCUCAGCUGGAGCCAGAAGGGACCCCAGGAUGCAGAAAAGGACCCAGCCAAGCCUGAGGUGGAGUCACGGGCUCUCCUGAUGUUCAGGGACAUCACCCAGCAGCUGCAGAGCACAUGUUCGGCUCUCGGGGCCAGCAUCCAGGGCCUGCCUGCACAUGUGAAGGACCAGGUUCAGCAGGCCCGCCGCCACAUCGAUGACCUCCAGGCCACCUUCUCGGGCAUUCACUCCUUCCAGGACCUGUCCGCCAGCAUCCUCACCCAGAGCCGGGAACGUGUGGCCAAGGCCCGGGAGGCCCUGGACCACACUGUGGAGUAUGUGGUCCAGAACACGCCAGUCACUUGGUUGGUGGGCCCUUUCGCCCCCGGGAUUACUGAGAAAGCUCCAGAAGAGAAGUAGGGUGAGAGAAAAAGGGUUAGCUUCCCAGCCAGCAGCUGGUUUUGCAGCUACUUUUCCAAUUGUCUCACAGCUGAGGUUUCCAGAAAGAAGAAGGAAAAAAAGAUUUCUAGCAUGUUACAGAACAAUUUUUCUUAAGAAAAAAAGCAGGGUACAUUUGUGUACACCGGAUACUGUGUGUGGUGGUACACACUUAACAACCCAACACUGGAGGUAGUUCACAAGAGUGGGAAAUUCAAGGUCAUUUUCAGCUACUUAGUGAAUUUGGGGUCAGCUUGGGCUACAGGAGACCAGUCAUGUAUACUAAUCCACUUCGUUUCUUAUAUGGAGACCCAGGGUAUUUAUAUCUAGCCUAAAAAAGCCAGCCUCCUUGGACAGGGUAUCACUGAGAUUGGUUCUGGGGCUGAGGUCUGAGUGGCAAGCAAUAUUCAAGCCCCCCCCCCACAUUCACUAUUGCCUUAAUAAAUUUUAUGUGCAUUAAAGUACA